AUGCCUUUCACACAAAGCGAGCAGGACUCGAUCCUCGAGCAGCACAAGGCCGCAGCCCUGGCUGACCUCGAGGCGCUGCUGCGACCCGAGGCCGACACAUGCGAGGCGGCGCUGCGCGAGCUCGCCAACAAGUGGUGGGCCGUGUUCCAAGAACGUGGGGAGAACUACUCGCGCUUCCGCGCCCACGCCGGCGCCGUAUACCGCUGCGUGCUCGACCGCAUGGUGCAGAUCGUCGAUGCGGGCGAGGGGGGCGACCUCGCGCGCGAGCACUUCCGCCGGUUCGCCCGGGUCCUCAUGCGCAACGUGCCGCGGCGGUACUGGGCCAUGUUCUUCCUGGGAUGGCAUGAUUUCCAGGCUGGCUAUCUCAAGGCCGAGCUUGAGUGCGACGCGGAAGGCGGCACGGCACAGGAGGAUAGGGCAGGUAGGUUGACGGCUUUGCGAAGGGCGCUCGAGCUCGAGGGAGACGCGGCUGUGUCCACAGACUGGCUAUGA